AUGCGCGCCAUCAAACUUUUGACGUUUUACUUUUUAAUAUGGAACCCGGUGCGGAUGCAGGAGAUUACGGAGGAAUCCAGAUUAAUAAAAGUUUGUUCUUAUUGUACGUGCAGUGAAAUACCAGAAGUGGAUGGCACACAUUUGGUGUUAAAUAUAUUGUGUUCUGAAUUGGAUCGUAUAGAAAAUUUGGCUGAUUUGGAUAAAAUACAAUGGCCGGAAAAUCCGAAUGGUCUGAAAAUAUCAGCGACUUUUGAGGGGAUGGGUCUAUCUACACUAGGCAAAUUACCACCUAAUUCUCAAGUAGAGACGCUCAGGUUUACAAACAAUGCUAUCAAAACAUAUUGGCCUGAUCCAUUCAGUGAUGUUCCCAAUCUGAAGAGAAUAUCGUUCACUCAAAAUGAACUCUCAGAGAUCACUCCAGACCUCUUUACGAAGAUAGAGAGCUUGGAAGAUUUAGAUUUAUCGUAUAAUAAAAUCGGAGAUAUAAAUCCUUUAGAUUUUAAAUUUUUACACAACCUAAAGAGGUUGAAUUUGCAAAGUAAUCUUCUAAAGAAAAUACCGGUCGCUUCACUCGAACCUAUGACGUUGUUGGAAGAUUUAGACCUUAGUAAGAAUGGGAUCCAGGAAGUGUUGCUCAGACGGGUGGAGAGUGUGACGUUAAAAGGAAUUAAAAGAUUAAAUCUAAAUAGCAACAGAAUACGAUCAAUACUUAAAGAAUCUUUUCCGGAGAACAACAGCAUAGAACUGUUGGAUUUAUCUAACAAUAUAAUUGAGAUGGUCGAAGAGGAUGCGUUGUCCUCGUGCAUCAAUUUAAGAGAAUUGAACCUUGCGCAGAACAACAUAACGUUUCCUUUCGCUGUUCCGCCGACACUCCAGAUCGCUAUAUUGAAGAUAAACACCUUGUACCACUGGCUGAACUUCCCAGCCAGCAUCACCUACAUAGAUCUUUCUUAUAAUCGUUUAUCAGCUCUGUAUAAUGAGGAGACUGUUGAUUUUAAUAACCUUGAGGUUCUUAGUAUAGGCGGAAAUCAAUUAAGAGAUUUUGAUAUACAAAGAAAACUUCCCAAGCUAUUCAGCUUAGAUAUAUCGUACAAUCUAUUACAAGAAGUACCAAAAUGCUUGAGCAGUGAAAUUCUGCCAAAUUUGGAGGAGUUGCGUUUAGAUGGCAACCCAAUGGACAGUAUUUAUUUUAAGAAUAUAAUAGCCUUAAAGUAUUUAUAUAUGAACGAUCUGAUUAAACUGACUGUAGUAGAUGAUAAGGCAUUCAGUAAUGUUAUCGGCAGACGUGGGGAAGAUGAUGUUAAUUCAGAGAAGAGUUGUUUUUCUCUCUAUCUCUCUCAUAAUCCAUCCCUCAGUAAUAUCCAAGAUGGAGCCUUCGAUGGUACAAAUGUUUGUAUGUUGGACAUAAGUCACAACAACCUGAGCGUACUUUCUCGUUCUGUGAUCUCUCCUCCGCCCUCUGAGGGAGUAGAUCUUCAAUACAACCCGUGGCGAUGUUCCUGCGAGAUGCAGUGGAUUGUUGAUGACUUGCUGCCAGUGUUGUACAGAGACAGCCCUCGGUUAUUAGAUGAACUCAGAUGUGGUUCUCCGCGAGCUCACGAGGGUCUUCGUCUGGUACAUUGGUACAACUGGACCGGGAGAGCUUUGUGUGAUCAGAAAUCGCUUGGAAAUUAUGAGAUCGAAUCCUCAACGGAGCCGAGUAAAGUGACCAAUCUGACUCUCAUCCUGGGAGGAUGUAUCAUAGUAGCUCUUCUAAUAGCCAUCGCUUUGUUUGUGUAUCUGGUGAAGAGUAGAAGACGACAUAGAAUAAGACAGGCCGCUCUCAACCGCAAGAGUCAAAGUUCGAGUGACGCUAAAAAUACAAACGGCCUACACAAUGAAUUCGCAGCUCUUAAUAAAACAUGA